AUGGCGCGUCUCGUACGGCUUUCAGUGGCAACCCUUCUGGUGUUCAUCAGUGUCUCCGUCACUUCACUCCGACCUUUUGACAGAGAUAGCCUCGCAGGAGAAGGGGGUUCAACUGACACACCUCUCGUGAUUUUUGGAGCUGCAAAGAUUCGCGGUCCCCUGGCACGAGCAGCCCGAAGGGGAGUUGCCAAAUUGGGACGCAAUGUGACUAAGUCUGUCCGUCGGAUUGGUCGCCGGACAGGUCUUCGGCUACUCCACGAAUCAAGGGGACACAAACGUACGCAUCCUCAACUGGUUACUCCCGGAGAACAGCCUGCAGUUGUUCCAGUGGCAGCGGAGUUCCUCAGAAAGGACAGGCAGCAAGCGAAAACCCGCCCAGCUUUGCUCGACAAGAAAGGGGCGGAGGCCGGCACACUGCGUCCGUCAGCCUCCGUUGCCGCACACGACACACUGCACGCGGUUACGACGAAACCCGCAGGCUCCCACGAUGCAACAAAAUCGGAGAAGAGGCAGAGCCCGCGUUAUGUUGGCCAGACGACCGUUGUUGUGGAAGGUGAAAGAGACUCUGCGAAGAACGGGAAGAUUUUACCACUGCGACGGCUCCAGACCACUUUUACACCGGUCCAUCAGGAGGCAUCCCAAGGAACGCUGCACGCCGCGAGACCGACCUUUGGAGCAUCUCCCUCGUAUACUGGCCACUCUGAUUACUCUCGAAGUGUAGCAUCAUAUUCACAACAACUCCAUGCACCUUCAUCCGGACCAAUUUUCCCAUUCGCGGAUCCGGUAGGCUCCGUGGCCUCGAUUGUGAACAGCAUGGGCAUGCCCACAUACCCAUCAAGCAGAUCUGUUUAUUCGGAAACCGACGACUGGGUGCAACGAGGCAUGCCAAGCACAUUUUCUCCAGCUUUCCCUCCAGAGGGGCUCGCCAGCAUUGCAAAUAGCGUAGUACAGACGCUCACUGCAGGUCCCCAAGCCUUGUUCAGAGGACAAACACAUGGCGCCGCUACCAACGACAUCUGGGGGUUCGCAGAUCUCGGAAACGUUCUGGCUAGAAACACCAACAACCUGCUGCAAACUGUCGGCGCGGGGAGCCUUGCUGGGUUAGGCUUCCCUCUUUGGUGA